UUUAUCCCUCUGGUCAUACUGCACAGAAGAAAGUAUUAUAAUAGUGUAACACAAUAGUUUGCUUGCAGAUAUCGUCCGGUUGGCAGUGAGUCCUACUCUUCAACAAGCUACUGAAGCUUUGUGGAGACUGUGCACUUUAAACAGACAGGCGGCUGCUCUCUGGAGGAGGCCCAAGAGACUGAAGAAGGAGGAAAUCUGAGCUGUAAACUCCACACUUUAUCCACAUGGCCGAGCCCAACUUUCCCCCACUGCCGGGAUUCAUCCCACUCAGGCCAUGCUUCUACCAGGACUUCGAUGAGAUCCCUGAACAGCACCGCAGCAUGUGCAAGAAAAUGUACCACUUGUGGAUGUUGAAUAGUGCUACUCUUGCGGUGAAUCUCAUUGGAUGUUUUGCCUGGAUGUUUGGUGGAGGUGGCGUGACCAACUUUGGACUGGCUAUCAUCUGGCUCAUCAUGUUCACUCCCUGCUCUUAUGUCUGUUGGUUCAGGGCCAUCUACAAGGCCUUCAAGAGUGACAGCUCCUUCAACUUUAUGCAGUUCUUUUUUGUGUUCAUGGCCCAAGUUGGCAUCAGCAUCAUCCAAAGCAUAGGCAUCCCUGGAUGGGGAGUAUGUGGUUGGUUAGCUACCAUCUCCUUCUUCAGCUAUAACAUUUUUAUUGCGCUGAUCAUGUUGGUCCCUACUAUCAUGUUCACUGCAGUCGCCUCACUGUCCUUCAUUGCUCUCACCAAGAUCCAUAACUUCUACCGUGGCAGUGGGGGCAGCAUGUCCAAAGCUCAGGAGGAAUGGGCCACAGGAGCCUGGAAGAACCCUCAUGUGCAGGAAGCAGCCCAGCAGGCCGCCAUGGGGGCAGCUACUGGAGCCAUGCAGGACCAGUACUCCAGCCCACAAUAUAAUGAUAACCAGAUGUAGCCUCUGCAAAAUCGAGGUAUCAAAGAAAUGACGCAACAUUUAUGCCAAAGUCUGAGCAACAGGGUUAGAAUAUUUGACCAUUUCCCAUGAUAUUGUUGAUUUUUAAGUAAAAAAAAUGUUUCAGAAACAUCACUGUUAAUUUUUUUUUUUACAUUUUUGGCCAAAUUACUGAUUCAGCAGCGAUUUCAAGCAAUUUCAUCAUUUGGCAACACAUAGCUCUGAACAUCUGUGGAAAGCUUGUUUUCGCCUUCCUGCAUUAAAGAGGAUGAUAUUUAUUUGUUGUGUUUUAGAUAAUUUCAUUUGUUUCUUUCCUGUUUUGGAGAUUGAAAUGAAACUAGCUUUGAAUGUGUAUUACUUUAGUGGCUCCAUGAGAGCAGUGUGCUGAUGUGCUCUUUGUGUUGAGCUGCAGUUCUAGCAAUUUGUACAAGAGAAAAAUAUCUUUUUUUUUUUUUCUUCAAAAAUACAAACACUUGAUGUACAGGGACUUUUGAUGUUUUGAUAGAUAUUCAAUGAUUUAGUAUUAUCUUAUUUAAUGUAUUUACCAAUGCACUAAUGCAAUUGUGCAUUAGAACAAUAAACUGUUUAGGAUGUAAAGUUACUUUUCUUGUAUUUUAAAUUCAAAGGUAUAUAAGAGAUCACGUGUAAUAUUGUAACAUUACAAAUCACGCUACUUUACAGGAUCUCAGCAUAAUUUCAUCAUAUUUCUAUGCAGUUUAUCAGUGAUUGCAUUGUGAAAUGGAAGAAUGUUGUAAUGUUGAAAGGAAGUCUGUCUGUAUUAAAAUAGGAAACAGUAUUAUUGCAACUCUUCAUUUGGAUUUAAUAGAAACUGAAAAUUUAAACACUAAAGCUGACUCUUUGAUGUAGCUUCUCGAUGACAUGUCUACUUCACACUGAUGAUUUACCUCACAAUUAAAUUUAUAAUUAUGGUUCUAUGUAGAUUCAGAAGAAAAAAAAAGUGAAAUAUGUGCUUUAGUCACCUUUAGUUUAUUUGAAAUGUGACAGUUUUGUACUGAAUGUCAAUUUAGCAUGUGCUCUUUUAUAAACUGUUAUGUGAAAUGCAGAGUGUUUAAAAGACAACUUUUCUCUUGCGGUGUGGCAGUUUGACCACAGAGAGGCACUGGUGGUUUUAGUAUGAAAUAAAAAGCUCCAACAUA